GUAAAGUUUCAAUUACAUUACUCUACCAUGAACUCGCUUACAAAGACUCACUCACGAAAUUCCUCCGCAACACCUAAUAAGAAAUGGGUUUGUAUAUAUCUUAGAAAAACUAGGCACGACAAAUCGUGGAUGUGCUUACCUCGUGUAUUUGGUUGUGUGUACAUGUCCUAAGCACAGAGGUGUACAAUAAAUUUUUUGGGCUCAAUUACCUGUUUGAAUAGCAAGCUUGCAGAGUCUAUUUCUUCAUUUCGAAUGCUAUCCACCACUUUUGCUUCACCCAAGAAGUUGCGUUGUGAUUAUGUGAACUAGAUCAUUUGGGCAUGUGUUUUCUUCAAGCGCCCCACGUUUGAACGAUUCCGCAAUAUGAGUAUCAACAUAUCUUCCAAUACUCUUAACUGUCAAGACAACAACUUUUGCUGCCAAUGUCAAAGUGGGUGAUGGGGAAAUUCGAUAUCUUUUUUUGCAACAACUUCAAGGAAUGACCCGAAAUGCUGAAAAGGGUAAGGGUACUGGUAAAGUUUAUACAAGUUAUUUUCUGAGGUCAUAAUAAAUUCUUUAAGAUCACUUUGGUUAAAAAUUCAGAACUUGGAAGACCCAACUGAUCUUUUGUGAUCUAAAGGUUGCUAUAUUGUGAUCACAAAAGUUGAAGUUUGGACCUUUUUAAAGGUUGCAAAGAGCAUACUCAGUUUUGUGACAGGGGGCUUUCCCCAUUUUGCUAAUUCUUUGAUAAUCAAACGUUCCAUAUUGAAGUUUCAAUUAUGAUUGAAAGGCAAAAUUUUGCGGAGCUUUUGAGAAAAUGUUCGAAGAAUGUGCAAUUUUGUCAAGGAAUGCAAGUUCAUGCAAGUGUUGUGAGAAGGGGUUAUGGGCUGGACAUGAUGAUAAACAAUGAUCUUAUAGAUAUGUAUGGAAAAUGUGGAAGAAUGGACAAGGCUUGUGCUGUGUUUGAUAGAAUGCUUGAGAGAAAUGUUGUUUCUUGGACCGCUCUAAUGUGUGGAUACUUACAAGAGGGUAAUGCAAAAGGUCCUUUGUUGCUUUUACGUCGAAUGGGUUCUUCUGGGGUUAAGCCUAAUGAGUUCACAUUUUCGACAAAUUUUAAGGCAUGCGGGUUUUUGGGUGUUGCUGAAAAUGGGAUGCAGAUUCAUAGUUUGUGCAGUAAAAGUGGGUUUGGAUGGUAUCCUGUGGUGGUUAAUUCUAUUAUAGAUAUGUAUUCUAGAUGUGGAAGCAUAAAUGAAGCAGGACGGAUGUUUGAUAAAAUGCCGAUUAGAAGUCUGAUAAGUUGGAAUGCAAUGAUAGCAGGAUUUGCCCUUGCAGGGAUGGGCGACAAAUCUUUAUUUCUGUUUAAAGAAAUGCGACUGCACGGAGAAACGCCUGAUGAGUAUACAUUUACAAGCACUUUGAAAGCUUGUGGUGGACUUGGAGCUAUUCGAGGAGGAACUCAGAUUCAUGCUUUUUUGGUUACAACAGGGUUCCCUAUUUCGGUUAAGACAAUUAUUGUAGGUGCCCUUGUUGAUCUGUAUGUGAAAUGCGGGUACUUGUUUGAAGCAAAGAAAGUGUUUAAUCAAGUUGAACAGAGGAGUGUUAUAUCUUGGACUGCUCUAAUUAUAGGUUUUGCUCAAGAAGAAAACCUCGCAGAGGCCAUGGACUUGUUUAGGCAGCUUAGGAACAGUAGCAUCCGAGUAGAUGGGUUUGUUCUCUCAAGCAUGAUGGGGGUAUUUGCUGAUUUUGCUCUUGUAGAGCAAGGUAAGCAAUUGCAUUCUUAUGCCACUAAAAUUCCAUAUGGUCUAGACAUCUCAGUAACUAAUUCGACUGUAGAUCUGUACCUCAAGUGUGGGUUAACAGAGGAAGCAGAAAGACUUUUUGGUGAAAUGCCAAGGAGGAAUGUGGUUUCUUGGACAGUUAUGAUUACUGGGUAUGGGAAACAUGGUCUUGGCAAAGAAGCAAUUCACCUCUUCAACAAAAUGCGGUUAGAUGAUAUUGAGCCGGACGGAGUGACGUAUUUGGCUGUACUCUCAGCUUGUAGUCAUUCAGGCCUUAUUGAAGAAAGUCAAGAGUACUUCGCAAGAUUAUGCAUGGACCACCAAAUUAAACCUAGAGUAGAGCACUACGCUUGCAUGGUUGAUAUUCUUGGUCGAGCUGGACGUUUAAGAGAAGCUAAGAAUCUUAUAGAGAACAUGCGACUAAAACCGAAUAUAGGGAUAUGGCAGACAUUGCUUAGUGCUUGUAGAGUGCAUAGAGAUGUAGAAACGGGAAGAGCAGUAGGGGAGAUUCUCUUGACACUGGAUGGUAACAACCCAGUCAAUUACGUUAUGUUAUCAAAUAUAUAUGCUGAUGCUUGCUAUUGGAAAGAGUGUGAGAGAUUGAGACUGUUGGUGAAGGCAAAGGGAUUGAAGAAAGUAGCAGGACGUAGUUGGGUUGAGAUUGAUAAGAAGGUUCACUUUUUCUACAAUGCAGAUGACACACAUCCACUUACAGAAAGUAUCCAUGAAAUUUUGAAAGAAAUGGAGAGAAGAAUUAAAGAAGAAGUGGGUUAUGCUUAUGAAGUGAGGUUUGCAUUGCAUGACGUGGAAGAAGAGUCAAAGGAGGAGAGCUUGAGAGUUCACAGUGAAAAGUUGGCAAUUGGGUUGGCAUUACUUUGUGGUGGACUGGAAAAAGAGGGAAUGCCUAUUCGGAUUUUCAAAAACUUGAGAGUUUGUGGUGAUUGUCACGAAUUCAUCAAGGGUUUGUCAAAGGUUUUGAAGGUGGUCUUUCUGGUAAGAGAUGCUAACAGGUUCCACAAGUUUGAGGAUGGUUUUUGUUCCUGUGGAGAUUAUUGGUGACAUGAGUUAUUAUUCUCAAAUGAAUUUGGUGAAAAUGAGCUUUCUGAAAGAACUGGAAAAGAAGUGAUAUGACACAGCUUAACUGGGUGAGCAUGCUGCUCCCUCUCUCUCUCUCUCUCUCUCUCUCUCUCACACACACAC